AUGGCAGUUUGGGACAAAAACUGUCUGUGGGGUCUCCUGUUCCUGCUGGCAGGUGCUGUGGGUCAAACUGUGAUCUAUCCUUUCUGGUCUACUUGUGCUGUCAGAGGAUCCACUGUCACCCUCCCCUGCACCUUCACUCCACCUUUCAAUGAGAGUGAAGUUUCACGAGAGACCAUCAGAGUCCGCUGGUAUCAGAGCCGGUGGUAUCAACUUUGUCAGCUCACCAAACCAUUUGUGUACGACAGUGAUUCAAAAAACAACACACAAAGCUUCGAAUAUCUGGGAGACAAGAAGACAAACUGCACUUUACAGAUCAGAGAUGUUCAGCAGGGAGACAGCGCAACCUUUUGCUUCAGUAUGGAAGUCGAUCACACUGAAGUCAAUUUUAGUACCAGCAGAGGAGUGACUGUCAGAGCUGUUGUCUGCACUUUCCACCAAUUGGAGGUCACCUGGUUCAAAGAUGGCCACGCCCUAUCAGAGACUGGCUCCUCCCUCCAGCUCGGCCAUCUGACUGCAGAGGAUUCUGGGAACUACACCUGUGCUCUCAAAAUCAACUUAACAACUCUCUCUGAGCCGUACAGCCUGCAGGUGACGGGAGAGGCAGGAGUCAAACUGGGCAAACUGACAGUUGUCCGACUGGUUCUAUUCAGUGCUCACACAGUGCUCAUCAUCAUUAUGGCGUCAAUAAUAAUCAAAAGGAAAUAUUGUUUGCAGGUCAGCAGCAGAGAGCUGAAGAUGUUUGGAAGCUCAGCCUCCAGAUGUCACUGAGGAGCCGAGGACCAACGAAGAAGAACGAGGCCAACACCACUAUCACUUGUAAUAUACCUGCUGCAGUCUCUUUUUAUCUGAAUCAUCACAAACUGUAUUUCUUCACAUUUGCUCUGUUCUCCUUGUUCUUUCAAAAUAAAUGAACACUCCUUCCACCAUCAGAAUAAUAAAACUUAA